UCAGGUGACGUGUUGUGUUGUCAUAUAUUUGGAGAAGAUGUCAGCGCACGAUCACUUCUCUCUUUGUCUGUGCGAUUUAAUUAGGUUACUCUUGUCUCUUAUGUUACCAUGCUUCUAUCUGAGUUUCCUCCUGACAGCUAUUCUCUUCCUCUUCAUCAUGGGGGUGAGAAGUUGGCUGCAGAUGAGAAGGAAGACCAGAAGAGCUCAGGAUGGCCGGCCUGCCGUGGCCUUUUUCCACCCAUACUGCAAUGCAGGAGGAGGAGGAGAAAGAGUGCUGUGGUGUGCUUUACGAGCUCUUCAAAACAGGUACCAAGAUGUUUCCUUCGUGGUCUACACGGGUGAUCAGGGGGUGACAGCAGAAGAGAUUUUGGAUGGAGCACGGAGACGCUUCAACAUCAGACUCCCCCGACCUGUUAAGUUUGUGUUCCUGAAGCAUCGUCUACUGGUGGAGGCAAAACUUUACCCACAUUUCACCCUUCUGGGGCAGAGUGUGGGCUCCAUCUUCUUGGGGUGGGAGGCAUUGACUGAGUUUGUUCCAGAUCUCUACAUUGACUCAAUGGGCUUCGCCUUUACCUUACCCGUGUUCCGCUAUCUGGGUGGUUGUCAAGUGGGAAGCUAUGUGCACUACCCAACCAUCAGCACGGACAUGCUGUCUGUGGUUCGAGAUAGAAACCCCAGGUUCAAUAAUGCAGACUACAUCUCCAGCAAUCCUGUACUCAGUGCCGUCAAAGUGAUUUAUUAUUGUGUCUUCGCACUGCUGUAUGGCCUGGCUGGCUCCUGUAGUGACGUCAUCAUGGUCAAUUCCACCUGGACUUUGGGUCACAUAUUGGCUUUGUGGCGCACUCCGAACCGCACCAGUGUGGUCUACCCACCAUGCGAUGUUCAGGCAUUCCUGGAUGUCCCAAUUGGGGAAGACAAUGAAGAGAAAGAUCGAAAGAAGUGUCACAGUCUAGUCUCUGUGGGUCAGUUCCGGCCAGAAAAAGACCAUCAGCUGCAGAUCAGGGCAUUUAAAAAGCUUCUGGACAGGAAAGAGGCGGAGCCUGCUGGAAGAGAGGCUGUAAAGUUGGUGCUGAUUGGUGGAUGUCGGAACCAGGAGGAUGAAGAUCGGGUCCUGAUGCUGAGAGGAUUGUGCCAGGAGCUGGGCAUAGCAGACAAGGUGGAGUUUAAGCUCAAUAUUCCAUUCCAGGAGCUGAAGAAAGAUUUAACAGACGCCACCAUUGGGUUGCACACAAUGUGGAACGAGCAUUUCGGCAUUGGUAUAGUGGAGUGUAUGGCUGCAGGAACAAUCAUUCUAGCUCACAAAUCUGGUGGUCCAAAGUUGGACAUUGUAAUUCCCUACGAUGGUGGUCCCACCGGCUUUUUGGCAGAUGAUGAAGACAAUUACGCAGACGCCAUGGAACGAAUCCUUUCUAUGAGUCCUGCUACUCAGUUAGAAAUGCGACGCCGGGCCCGUCUGUCCGUCUCCCGUUUCUCAGAUCAGGAGUUUGAAGGUUCAUUUCUGUCAGCAGUGGAGCCUCUGAUGUCAACGCUGAGAGCGUGAGAGUGGCAGAGCCGUAUUUCUGUUAUUACUGACUGUAGCGAAUUAGCCUGAUGCACUUUAAGCUUGCACUGGCCCUAUAAUGCUGAUUGUUAAUCAUUCCAUGUUUAGAGCAGUUCAUAGCAGCCUGUCUUGUGACCAUUUGCUCUGUCUUUAAAGUAAGGGGUGCAUGAAUGGAAUUGCUGGUGUUGGUUAGAUGCCAACUUUUGCUUUAAGUUAAUGACAAGAAUGAAAGAUUCAUGUGCUGCUGUCGAUUUUGUUUUAUUUAAAAAAAAAAAAAAAACUCCUGGUCUGUCUUCAUAUCAGUUUAGUGUGUUAUAUAUAUAUAUGAUGAUCUAUACUAGUAAUACUUGGAUUUGUUUUGUUUUAUAGUGAGAGAUUUCAGAUUUGCAUAAAAAAGUUCAGGUUCACUAAAAUGUAUUUUGUUGUUUUAGUUUGGAAGGUUCGAUAUAGUGUUUCUGUUGGUUUACUUUUGUUUUUUACACACACAAAAUAAAAAUGCAAGAGUGGUGCAGAUGCAGCAUAGAUUAUUAUGCAGCAUAUUAUUAUAUUUUCAAUUAUUACAUUGGACUACUAUGUGCAAUUCUCACAUGUCACAUACAGCUGUCCAAACUUUUUAGAUUACCUAACCAAACUUCAGUAAGAGAAAAGAUUUUUUUUUUCUUACAUUAUAAGUGCUGUGUACAGAGAAAACAUUCCGGGAGCAUAGAUUCUGGGUAAGAGAAAUAGUGUAUAAUCUAGAUAGGAAAGCCACAGAGAGCGGCCAAAUUAAACAAGGCAUAGAGGAGGGAACGGCGAGGGGUGAGCUUUUAAAAAUCUAGGUGUUCCUAGUAAAUUCAUACUUUUAAAGUUUAAAGAAAACUGCUAACUGAAAUUAAAACACACAGAUACAGAGAGUUUGGGAGUAGAAUACAUGUAACGUAGUUUGAUAUUUAAAAUACCAAAUAUGGGUCUAUUAAAUUGUGUCAUGAGUUAAAUGGGAAAAUCUUUUUAGAUUACCAAAGACAUUUCAUUUAUACAUACGUGUAAAGCAUAUGAUAAUUAGCAAUUGGGUUCCGUAACACACGUACAAAAACAAACAUACAUAGACAGAGAGGGUGAUACCAUUGUAUCCAGCCUGUUUAGUUUAGAAAAUCCUGUUAAAUUAAAAAUGAAUAGGCUAAUUGUCAUUAAAAUACAAAAAUGAUUUUACUUGCAGGAAAAAAUGUCUGCAAAAAACAAAAUUGUUUUGGCAUCAACGUCAAAAUUACUAAAAUAAUGUUCACACUCUUUUUUUAAAUGUUCAAUUCUUGCUAUUAACUAAGACUUCUAGCUCAAUACAUUACUACUUUGCUGCUUAUUAUUAGUAAUGUAUAGUUGGGUUUAGGCAUUGCGUAGGAAUAGUGAUGUACAAUAAGAUCAUGUUUAAAAAACCAGCCCGUAUCGUAAUAAUAUUCAAGUAAUAUGCCAGCAGUUAAUAUGUGAAUUGGUGCUUAAAUUAUAGUGUUACCAUAAUAAUAAGAACUGCAUUUAUAAAAAUGCCUAUGUUCAAAACUUAACAACGCCCUUGAAUCUCACAUAUUUAGUGAUAGUUGUUAAAUUAUUUUCUUUGGUAUUACCUUCAGAGAAGUCCUCUAGGUUCUGCAUGUUGUUUAGUUUUGUAGUAUCAUUGUAUCAGUGACCCCUUUUCAAAAAUGAUUUUCACACUAAGAAUAUAGUGUGAAAUUAUUUUAUACUCCAUAAGAAUAUAGAGUAUAAUAGUGAUAAAUUCCAUUGCAACAAUCCCAUACAGUGUGGCAACACCUCUAUUAUUGGGACAUAGUGUCCAAACUAUCAACAAGUUCGAUGAACUUUUAUUUUGGGGGCAAGCGAGUAGUUCAAAUGUUUUAAUAAUAGUUAAAUAGACUUUAUAAACCAACGCAGAAGUGUUUCUUUAGUUAUUCUGACCAUCAAUUGUCAAGUAUUCACCGACAAUCUCUCUUUUUCUUUUGGCAAAGAAAGUGUAUUUUAUUUUAGUUACUUACAAAAUCAAAUUUGUCUUUUUGCUCUUUCAUCAGAGUAUGUGGAUUUCAGUCGCAGUGUCAAGAUAAGAUCGUAUUAAAUCUCACUCUCCGGCA